UACUUGCCAUGUUGAUAGCAGCUUUGUUGGAGGGAGAAACCAGGCGCUUAUAUUCGUCUGCCUAAAAAUUUUUAACAAUUGUGGAUAUUAUAUACAUAGUGAAUAUAAUAAAUAUAUGCUGUGAAUAUCGUGCUAUUGUGAAAUAAAACAUGUUUCCUGAAAAUGCAAUGAUGGAUCCUGAGGCUUUGGCCAUAUAUCUUCAACAGAGAGGAGUUAAUGAGAACACAAUCAAUGUUUUAUUAAGUAUGUAUUAGUUUGGUGGGAUAGAAAAGUAACGUAAUAAUAUUGUUGUUUUUUUUAAGUCUUGUUAAGUUAUUUGAAUAUGUUUAAUGGUUGAUUAAUUUUAGGCUCCUAAACGAAAUAUUAUUUAAUUUUAGAUCUUGGCUUGUAAAUUUAUUUAAAUAUCUAUUGGUUGGUUAAUUUUAGGCUUGUAAACAAAGUGUCUCUUGUUAUUGUUUACAAUCAAACUGUGUCACCAAUGGAAGGCUACACUUGUUCAAUGUGCCAUAAAUUUAUUCCGAAUGGAUUGAAACAUUUCAUAGCGCAUAUAAGAUAUUCACAUAGUUUGUCAGUGUCAGCUCCCUAUAGUUUUGGAUAUCAAUGUGGACAGGAUGAAUGUCAAUGUAUGUUUAGAAAUUUCAAUAGUUUGAUUAGACAUCUUCGUGUUAAACAUCCAAUUGUAAGGAACAGAAAUAACGAGUCAUUUUUAUUUCAAAAUCAUAUGGAGGUAGACUCUAAUGAAGAUCCUGAGGAUAGUUAUUCUAGUGUGCCUGAGAGUAACAAUUCUAAAUAUGAAUUUCAAAAAGUGUUUAGUGUAUUAGGAGAGGCUGCAAAAAUGGUUGCUCAUCUUAGAUCAAACGCAUCUAUUACAGGGGCUAGUUUGACUCAAGCUUGUACGGCAGCAGAAGUUUUUGUUUAUAACAUUGCAAACUUUUUUCAGCAAGAAGUUAUGAAUUAUUUUUCAAGUAAGGGUAUAUCAUUAAAUCAGGCUGAUAUUCAGAAUUUACUCUCUAAGUUUAAGAUUUCUGCUCCUUUGAAUAAAUUUUCAUCCAUUAAAGAGCAACUGAAAGCUUUAAAAAUGUAUUAUAAAUUGGUAGACUUCGUUGAGAUUCCGCUUGGAGACCGUUGUGAAUCAGUGCUGAAUAGACAAUCUGGUGAAUACGAACCAAAGUUAGUUAUUGAAAGUUUUCAAUAUGUUCCAAUAAUUGAGAGUCUUAAAUUAAUACUUUCACAUCCACGUGUUAGAAAAUAUAUUGAAGAAGAAUCUUCUUCUUUAGAUGGAUUUAUGAGAGGUUUCAGAGAUGGGGAAAGCUUAAAAAAAAAUUCAUUUUUUCAGAAAUAUCCACAAGCAUUAAGAAUCCAAUUAUAUUAUGAUGAUAUAGUUGUCAACAAUCCUCUAGGAAGUAAAACAUCAGCUCACAAAUUAGGAGCAUUUUACUUCACUAUUCAAAAUUUGCCUCCUUAUUUGCAAUCAUUUAUGGGAGCAGUUAGUUCAAGUUUUUGGAUUUUGUUACACAGUUGUUGUUACUAAAUAUGGUUUUAAGGAAAUUUUUAGUCCAUUUCUUGAUGAUUUAAACAAGUUGGAAAGUGAAGAAGGAGUUAUGGUAAGUUUUGAUGGAGAACCGUUUGUAUUGAAGGCCACCAUAGCUUGUGUAGUUGCUGAUGGUUUAGCUGCACAUCAGAUGUUCGGAUUCUUGGGUCCUUCUGCUAACCACUUCUGUCGUUUAUGCAUGAUACAUAGGUCUGAUCUCCUUAAAGGAAGAGUAGAAAUUAAAAUUUCAAGAACGAAAGAAUUGUAUGAUGAACAAGUACGGAAAGUCAAAUCAAAGUUAUUGACCGAUACUGAAACGGGUUUAAAAGAAAAUAGUGCAUUACAUAGAAGUCGUUUCUGGCACUGCGCAGAGAAUUUCGUUUUUGAUUCAAUGUAUGACAUUUGGCAAGGUAUUGCAUCUGUAGUUCUUGAGUACGUAAUCAAACAUUUUAUUAAGAGAGAAAA